UAAUAGAUUUUUGAUCCACUAUUCAAGUAUUUAUCUUAAACAAAAACGUACACUUCAAAUUGUGACACUUUCGUUUUCAAUAGUAUGUAAUAUACACCCUUUCUAACUAACAUGGCUUCCUUGCUCAAUAAUUACCAUUUCUGUACUUCUUUGUAUCUUCUUCUCAUAUACUUUAUCACCACCACCAUAACAACCACCUCGGCCUCGGCCUCCGCCUCAUUCCGCCCCAAAGCUCUACUCCUAAGAGUCUCAAAAGACAACUCCACUAACCAAUACACCACCAAACUCAUCCAAAGAACCCCCUCAAUAUCACUAACUUUAACACUAGACCUCGGCACUCAAUUCUUAUGGCUCAACUGUGGCAAACGCUACGUGUCCUCCACGUACCGCCCCGUCUACUGCGGCUCCCCUCAAUGCACCCUAGCCAACACCAAAACCAAAACAUGUAGAACAUGUCCUGCUGCCCCUAAGCCAGGGUGCAACAAAAACACGUGUAGAACCCUCUCAAUCCACAACCCCAUCACAAACAAAUCACCAACCUUGGGCAGUGAGCUCGCUACCGAUGUUAUCCGUGUCAACUCCACUAACGGGGCAACACCCGGGCAGCUCAUGACCAUCCCAAAUUUCCUCUUUGUUUGCGCGCCCAAGUCCUUGUUACAUGGCCUCGCAAAAGGAGUGUCCGGUGUUGCUGGUUUUGGGAGGACUAGUAAAGUUUCACUCCCUACACAAUUCUCUUCAUCUUUCCAUUUUCCUAACAUAUUCGCGCUUUGUUUACCUCCAAAUCCGUUGUAUUACGGAGAUGGUGUUAUUUUUCUUGGGGACGGACCUUACAUUUUCGCCCCAGGAGGUACCGGUACUACGGUAGACCUGAGAAGCAAGCUUUCCUACACUCCUCUAAUUGUCAACCCUUUUCGAACCUCUGAAUACUUCAUAGGAGUUAAAGGGAUCAAGAUUAGCGGAAAAGACGUACCAAUAAACAAGUCAUUACUUUCUAUAGAUAGCAAAGGAUAUGGUGGUACGACUAUAAGUCUGUUACACCCUUACACUAUAAUGGAAACAUCUAUAUUUAAGGCGGUCACUACUGCCUUCGAUAAUCAACUAAGGGACGGAAGUUUUCCUACUAAAAGAGUUGCUCCGGUAGCACCAUUCGAGGUGUGCUACGAAGCUGGCUCGAUCCCCUCCACGAGGAUCGGGCCAGUGGUGCCACACAUUGAUCUAGUGUUACAAAGCGAGGACGUGUUAUGGACGUUAGCCGCGCCAAACUUGGUGGUUCGGACGAAUAUGAAUAAGGCGGAUUGUCUUGGUAUUGUGGAUGGUGGAAAGAAGCCAAAGUCAUCGAUUAUUAUAGGAGGGUUUCAAAUUGAGGAUAAUUUACUGCAAUUUGAUCUAGUUAAGUCUAGGCUUGGGUUUAGUUCUGCUUUGAUUUACGAUCGAAUAGGGUGCUCUUACUUUAACGUUCCUUGAAUUAGCUUCUAAAUGAAUGUGCUAAUUAAUAAAGUCAAAAUGCAUGUAAUGUUACUUCAUGUUCACGUACUAGUCACAUGAUGUGUCAGAAAGUUUGAUUAUUCUAUGCAAGAUCGAGUACCACAAAAGAUAGGAUCGA